GGUAAAGGAGGGAGGGGGAUCGUUGGGAGCGGGGUGCCGGACGCAUGCCUUAUGCCCCGCGGCCCCCAGCAGCUACGGCAGCGGCCGCGGCAGCAGAGGGUAGGGCAAGUUUGGCAUCUGGGGCGGAACCCCGGCUCCGGAUAAUAAUGACUGUCUACAAAAUACAAGAAGAGCAUCUUAGAGGGCUUAACUAAAAGAAUGCUGAUGUUUGACCCUGUCCCUGUUAAGCAAGAGGCAAUGGAUCCUGUCUCAGUGUCGUAUCCAUCUAAUUACAUCGAGCAGAUGAAGUCAAACAAGUAUAGCGUCAUUUAUUCUACGCCGAACAUGUUGCACAAUAAGUUCUAUCCAAGCCCGGAAGGCCUUUCCAAUGGAAUCCAGAUGGAGCCGGUGGAUCUCACGGUGAACAAGCGGAGUUCCCCCCCUUCGGCCGGAAGUUCUCCGUCCCCGCUGAAAUUUCAGACUUCCCAUAGGCGAGCCUCUCCUGGACUCACGCUGCCUUCGCCCAGCCCGCCUAUGAAAAAGUUCACGCCGCCUCCGCCGGGGGUGCAGCCCUUCAGCGUGCCGCUGUCCAUCCCUCCCGUGAUGGCGGCGCUCUCGAGGCACGGGAUCCGGAGCCCCGGGAUCCUCCCGGUGAUCCAGCCGGUCGUGGUGCAGCCCGUCCCUUUCAUGUACGCGAGUCACCUUCAGCAGCCCAUCAUGGUGUCCACCGUUCUCGCGGACGAGCUGGACAGUGCCAGUAGCAUGCAAGUACCUGUCAUUGAAUCCUACGAGAAGCCUAUUUUACAGAAAAAAAUAAAAGUAGAGCCUGGGAUUGAACCACAGAGGACAGAAUAUUAUCCUGAAGAAAUGUCACCCCCUCUAAUGAACUCAGUCUCCCCUCCACAAGUUCCAAUGUUGCAAGAGAACCACCCUUCAGUCAUAGUACAGCCCGGAAAGAGACCUUUACCGGUGGAAUCUCCAGAUACGCAAAGAAAACGCAGGAUACACAGAUGCGAUUAUGAGGGAUGCAACAAAGUAUACACUAAAAGCUCUCACUUGAAAGCCCACAGAAGAACACAUACAGGGGAAAAACCCUACAAAUGCACAUGGGAGGGAUGUACGUGGAAGUUUGCUCGGUCUGAUGAACUAACAAGGCAUUUUCGAAAACAUACUGGAAUUAAACCUUUCCAGUGCCCAGACUGUGACCGCAGCUUCUCUCGCUCUGAUCACCUUGCCCUACAUAGGAAACGCCACAUGCUAGUCUGAAUGCCUCCAGCUCCUGUAUCAACUCCCUCCUCUCCGCCUCUCUCCGUCUCCUUCCCAUUCUCUAACUCAUUUUUUUACAUGUACAUUUUAAUUUUGAUUCAGCUGGUCUGAAUCACUGAGUUUAUACCAUUAAAAACUUCCAUAUGGUCAGUAAUAGAUGUUAUCUAACCCUCCUUUCUCCUUACCACGGGUCAGACCUAAAGAAUGUGAACACUUUUUUUUUUUCUUUCUGGGGAUGCUAAGCAAACCCUUCCCACAGACGUUGUUGAAUGGACUGCGAAUAAGGGAAUGUGUAAAUUAACCUAGCCAUGUGUCGGUUUCUCCAUGUAUUCCGUCAUCCUAUAUUGACAAACCAGUAAAUGUAUUAGAAAUAUCCUA